UAUAUAUAUAUUCAACUAAAAUGUCUGUAAAUAUACGUUGUGCUACUACAGAAGACCUCCUGAAUAUACAGCAUUGCAAUUUGCAAUGCUUACCUGAGAAUUAUCAGAUGAAAUAUUAUUUAUAUCAUGCUCUGUCUUGGCCGCAACUGAGUUAUGUAGCAGAGGAUGAGAAAGCAAGAAUAGUGGGAUAUGUACUUGCCAAGAUGGAAGAAGACUGUGAGGACAAUCCCCACGGGCAUAUUACCAGUCUCGCUGUAAAGCGUUCCCACAGAAGAUUAGGUAUCGCGCAAAAGUUGAUGAAUCAAGCCUCUCGGGCGAUGGUAGAGUGCUUCGGAGCAAAAUACGUUUCAUUGCAUGUGCGCAGAAGUAAUCGUGCGGCUCUCAAUUUAUAUACAAGCAGCUUGCAGUUCGAAGUAUCGGAAGUAGAGCCAAAAUAUUAUGCGGAUGGCGAAGAUGCUUAUGCUAUGAAACGAGAUCUCACCAGCUUCCAUCAUGAGAAGGCUCUUAGAGAUAGAGCGCACAAGGAAGGAAAUGUUCAUACGCAUUUAGGUAGAUGCUGUGGCGAUCAUUCUUAGUCCAUUCAUCACAGCUACUGACGAAACCGAAUUGAUUCAUCAAAGUUUGACCUGGUACAUUAGUAAAAAUAUUUUAUAUGCGAUUGGAGGAUGAAAGUUGUUAAAGUUUGCACGUUGGAGUAAGGUUGGACUUUGAGGCUGUUUUUCAGUUUACGCAAUGCGCAAUGUAAUUAAGACUUAUAAAAAAUAUAAGAAAUAAAGGAUUCUGGGCAAUUUAAUUUAA